AUGAGAGGAGUGCUAUGCGUGGCUCUGAUAUAUUUCUUUAGUAUUGCCAGUGGUGAUCGUGCAGCUAAUGAUAAUAAGCGCAAAAGAGACAGUACUGUCGAUGAUUAUGACAAUGAAGAGGGGGAGAGAGAGGAUUAUAAGUAUGGUAGGAUUUUUAUUAAUAUACAAACUAAAGAACCAAUCAGUAUCCGUACUACCACCACAGAUACUGAUGAUGGAGAACAAUAUGAUGAUGAGUUCUAUAACCGUAUGGAUGAUUCUGAAGAGUAUUCGCGUGGAAACCCAAAAUCAAAAGCAAAAGGUCGUAAUAAACAGCAGAAUAGCUACAGUGAUGAAUUUCUUGAUGGGCAGAAAAAACGCAAGAAACAGCUAUCAAAAAAGAUGAUAAGGAAUGAACCGAGCAAUAGUAAGCAAGAAUAA